UUUUUCUUAUUGCUACAUUCUUCGCUGAAUUUGCCUAAUAAAACGUCUUUGUAGGAAUUAAAUUCCUCUAAUAUAGCCAGAUUUUCCGAGUGGCUAAACGGCACUGAACGACCACUGUCCGACAUUUUUUGUUUGUUUGUUUUGAAAAGAAUCUUAAAAUACCCACAAUCCUUUGCAGCAUAGUACGACUUAAGAUAGUCGGAGUCUUAACUGCUUUGUGCAACAGUAACCGGCUGCUGGACUAGGAUUGGUGCGUUUUUAUAAAUUGACAGCUAGCCGAUUAAUAAAAGAGUAGAGGUGUUGUCAGUGAUUGAUCUGCAGUAGCCUCCUACAGCAGUCAUGGUGUUGAUCCUGGGACGACGUGUGACCCGUGAGGAUCCGGCAGUCGUACGCGACUUGCCUGCUGUCAAGCGCAAAGUCUUUGAGAUGGACACCAAGAAUGUGGACGACUCCCUGGACUUCUGUUCGGGCUCAUCACAUGCCGAGAGUGUGCUGCACGUCUUUGACGAGUUUCGUACAAAUCGGCUGUUCACAGAUGUUGUGAUUGGUGUGCAGGGGCGAGAGUUUCCAUGCCACCGCGCCAUGCUGUCUGCCUGCAGCGGCUACUUCAGGGCCAUGUUCUGCAACGACCACCGGGAGAGCCGGCAGACCCUAGUGGAGAUCAGUGGCGUCCAGGCUGAUGCCAUGGAAGUCUUGUUGCAGUACGUCUACACGGGCCGUGCCACAAUUACCACACAAAAUGUGCAGUAUCUCUUUGAGACAUCCAGCCUCUUCCAGGUUGGAGCCCUGAGAGACGCCUCUGCUAAAUUUCUUGAGGACCAGCUGGAUCCAUGCAACUGCCUCGGCAUGCAGCGCUUCGCCGAGGUGCAUUCGCUCAAGCAGCUGGCUGAACGCUGUCGAAGCUAUGCGCUGCAGUAUUUUCCAGAGGUGGCACAGCAUGAGGAGUUCCUGGACUUGGGCAGGGAGGAACUGGAGGACUAUAUAGCGAGCGAGGAGCUGUGCGUGAACAGGGAAGAGGUGGUGUUCGAGGCCGUCAUGAGGUGGGUCUACCACAGCAUGGAGUACCGUCGGCCAAUGCUGAAGGAGCUGCUCCAGCACGUCCGGCUGCCACUACUGCACCCCAACUACUUUGUACAGACAGUGGAGGGAGAUCAGCUGAUCCAGAGCGCUCCUGAGUGUUACCAGCUGCUGCACGAGGCCCGACGCUACCAUGUGCUCGGCAACGAGAUGAUGUCACCUCGGACCAGACCACGCAGGUCGACAGGUUUUUCGGAGGUCAUCAUGGUUGUUGGAGGCUGUGAGAGGGCAGGAGGCUUCAACCUGCCCUACACAGAUUGUUAUGACCCUGUCACGGGUGAGUGGAAGUCGCUGGCCAAGCACCCGGAGUUCACCAAGUCGGAGUAUGGAGUAUGCGCCCUGCGCAACGACAUCCUCGUUUCAGGUGGACGCAUCAACAGUAGUUAUGUGUGGAUGUACAACUCUCAGCUGAACCUGUGGAUCAGGGUGGCGUCGCUCAACAAGGGCCGCUGGAGGCAUAAGAUGUCCGUUCUACUCGGAAAGGCAUAUGCAGUUGGAGGAUACGAUGGUCAGGGUUGCCUCAAUAAUGUGGAAGUGUACGACUCCUUCUCUAACCGCUGGACGGAGGUGGCUCCUCUAAAAGAGGCCGUGAGCUCUCCAGCUGUGGCCAGCUGUGCUGGGAGACUGUUCGUCAUCGGCGGAGAACCAGACGAGAACAGCUGCACAGAUAAGGUGCAGUGUUAUGACCCGGAGACAAACAGCUGGCUGCUGCGCUCCAACAUUCCCGUGUGUAAGCGCAACAUCACAGCCGUGUCUCUGAACAGCCUGGUGUACGUGUGCGGCGGCCUCACCAAGUGCAUUUACUGCUACGACCCGGCACAGGACUUCUGGAUGCCUGUGGUUAACACCUUCAGCAGACAGGAGUGCUGUGGCAUGUCAGUGUGUUACGGGAAGAUCUUCAUCCUGGGUGGACGGGGCGAGAACGGCGUGGCUUCUGACAGUAUCACGUGCUAUGACCCUGCCUCUGGCAUGCUGACGGGAGUCGCUGCAAUGCCCCGCCCCAUUUCCUGUCACGGCUGCAUCACUAUACACCGUUUCGAUGAGAAGCUGCACCGGACCUGAGAGUGGCACUCAAUAUACACACACACACACACACACACACACACACACAGCGGGAUCUGUUCAAACACUCAGAAUAACAAUCUAGACUCUACUGAUGCGUUUUGUUCAUCUUUCCUUCAUGAUGAUCAAACGAUCUUUAACCUUUUUUUUUUAAACACUGUUCUAUUAUAUGCAAGUAGCCCACGUCCUCUUUUGUCUUCCUUUAUCUUUCACUUAUUUUAACCCAAGACGUUUUGCAUUCAUCUUUUUUCUAUUUAAUUUUCACUCUGUUUAUUUCUUCUUCCCUCUCUCUCUCUCGCGCUUGCUCUCUCACUCCUCUAAGAAUGUAAAUCACCUCUUUAGAUCUCAUUACAUGCUGAGACACUGUGUACAUUCUUGUGACGCAACACGUAGUGCCACGCGAAAUCCAUCCAUCAUCUGUAGCCGCUUAUCCUGUGCAGGGUCGCGGGCAAGCUGGAGCCUAUCCCAGCUGAGUAUGGGCGGGAGGCGGGGUACACCCUGGACAAGUUGCCAGAUCAUCGCAGGCCACGCAAAAUGCUUGUGCAAAACUUUCAUAGUAUUUUGAGCAUCACACAGAACAGUAAAAAAGCAACAGUCAUAUUUCAGCUGCUUGGCAAUUUGCCGCUCUUGUUUGAAAUCUUUUAAGUCCGUUCUUCUGACUUGCUCGUUAUUUAGCGUUACGUUAUUACUCACGAUCACAAUCUCUUUCAUUAAAAAAAAAAAAGAAUUCAGCAUAAUUUGUGCAUUUUACGUUAUUCAUUUAUAUUUUUAUUUACUGUCAUUUGAACUUUUUUUUUUUAUUAUUUGUAUUUUUUUUAAUGACAUUUGUAUUUUGCUCUAUAUAAAAGCAACGUGCCGUAUAGCCUAUAGAUGAAUUUGCUUGACCGGUGUCAGUGUGUGACUUUAAACACCCCUUUUGUUGACACUUGACGUGUUUUCCCCUCUUAUACGUUUUCCCUGUCAUAAUGUUGAUUUUGAAACCUAUAUAGGUUUCUUAUUCUAACUGAUAAAACGUCGCCACACAGGACACAGUGCUUUGUUGGAUCUGUAUUAACGAUGAUCACGUGUCCAACGCAGAGAGAGCGUUCUGAAUCGGGUGGUGUUUGUGCUGUGAACCUUUUCAUCUUUGUUCUUUUUAUUUAAGCAUGUAUCGGUGACUAUAACGUGUGUGUGUGUGUGUUUAAAGCAACCCCAAUAAUCACUUAAUGUCAUGUUAAUAUGUCACUGUUAGUGCUAUGAUAUCUUAAUGUAAAUACAGUACAUUGUUUCCUAUGUGUGUAUUUGUAUUAUGUAUUAUAAUAUUAGCACAUAUUUUAUAUUUCUGUUUGUCCUGUAAGCCGCUUUCCUUGCAUGUGCCAGACCUAAUUUUCAAUAACUUUUUUUUUUUUUUUUGAGAAUUGGCAUCUUUUUAUUUUACUUUCAACUAUACACGACCGUUCAAAAGUUUGGGGUCACCCAGACAAUUUUGUGUUUUCCAUGAAAAGUCACACUUUUAUUUCCCACCAUAAGUUGUAAAAUGAAUAGAAAAUAUAGUCAAGACAUUUUUCUGGCCAUUUUGAGCAUUUAAUCGACCCCACAAAUGUGAUGCUCCAGAAACUCAAUCUGCUCAAAGGAAGGUCAGUUUUAUAGCUUCUCUAAGGUGGUGUUUACAUUAGACCGUAUCAGCGGAUCAUCAGAUUAACGUUUUUAAAACGAUUAGUGUGCACACAGCAACGCCAAUACACGAUUCGCGUGCACACAGCAACGCCAAUACAUGGAUACGCUCGGCUCCGCAGGCAUCCUGCGCUCCAAAUCACUCCGCCCUGAACAGCAAGUGCCCUCUGGAGGGUGCGCACUCCGGCCCUGCGCAGCUCACAGAGCGCGCGAGUGGAGCGCACGAGCUGUGAUUCGGGACUGAGCCGCUGUGUGUGUGAUCCCAGCGCAGAUCACUUACCACUUGCAAGUGGAAGGAUGGCAAGCCUAAAGACAAUCAUAACUACACAAUGGGCAGUAUUUGCAUCAGUAUUUGCAGUAUUUUCAUACUUUUAUACUCUUUAAUGAAAGGUGAUACAAGGCGGAAGUCCGCGCCGUUUUUCAGCAGUCGCGUCACAUGACCAACGCCAGCGAAUCAGGAAGGUGGAUGUCACAGUGACGUUGUCCAAUGACGACGCCAGCUAGAGCUCAGCACAGCGUAUCCGCGUAUUCUCAAUGUUUACACAGCACCGGACCAGACACGAUCUAGAUUGAAUACGUGGACCCUGACGGAUUCCCGUUUCCAGGCGUUUCCAGGCGUUUUAAUAUAAACGGACAGUGCAUCCGCAAAGAAAACGAGACAGAUACGGUCUAAUGUAAACUUGGCCUAAAGAGCUCAACUGUUUUCAGCUGUGCUAACAUGAUUGUACAAGGGUUUUCUAAUCAUCCAUUAGCCUUCUGAGGCAAUGAGCAAACACAUUGUACCAUUAGAACACUGGAGUGAGAGUUGCUGGAAAUGGGCCUCUAUACACCUAUGGAGAUAUUGCACCAAAAACCAGACAUUUGCAGCUAGAAUAGUCAUUCACCACAUUAGCAAUGUAUAGAGUGUAUUUCUGAUGAGUUUAAAGUGAUCUUCAUUGAAAAGAACAGUGCUUUUCUUUCAAAAAUAAGGACAUUUCAAAGUGACCCCAAACUUUUGAACGGUAGUGUAUAACAGAAUUCAUAAUAAGCAAACAGUGUGAAUUCUGUUUUUUUUUUUCCCCUUUCAUAUCAAAUUUGUCGUUGCUGCAUUGUGACAUGAUGAUAAUACCUCGGGCAGUUUUAUCUUUCCUCACAAUCCCUGCAGUUUUAGAGAAUUUGGUUCUUGUUAUUUGACAUUCAGAGCUGCGUUUCUGCAUCUUCUUCGAGAACUGUAAUGAAAUUCAGUGCUUAGAGUCACAUACAGUAAUUACGUCUGAAAACCCAGCCUGUAAAAUGGCAAAAGUGAACGGAGUCAUUAACAAAGCCAAGCGUCAGUUUGAUUUAUCCAGAAUCAUCCCAGUACUUUUUUUUUUUUUUUUUGGUCAUGUUUUGCCCAGUAUUUCGUCGCUGUCAGGUCAAAACCUGCUAUGUGACAUUUUUCCUUUUUUACAGGAGAUGUAAAAAACUGAAUAAAACUCUGAAAUAACAAGCUGAGAAGCCAGUAAAAGUUGUUCUGUUAUUAGCUUGGUCAGUUAAAUAUCCAUCAAAAUAGCUAAUUGCAGCAUUAUAUUAGCGUAAAUUGCAAAAAAAAAAAAAAAUCAUCCUUGAGAAUUGACCUAAAUUGUCACAUAGCAGGUUUUGAACUGACAGCGACGAUUUGCUCUAGCUCCAAGUGUGUGUGUUUGGGUACGGGUGUGCAAAGUAAAAUCCAAAGAAUGUUGCUGAAAUUCUACUCAAAACUGAGUUGUUGGGUGGAUUAAUUUAGAUGUCUGGUUAGAAUGUUUAAUACAGUAAUAACUGUGUGUUACUAAAUACAAGAAUUUGUUUAAUCGCUAGUUCUAUUUUGCUAUUAAGUUUGCAGCUUUGCCUCCAUGUAUCACAAAGAAUCAAUAAAAAAUUCAUCUCUGACAA